AUGGGGGAGGAGGGCGGAGGAGGGGCCCACCAGAGCAGCCAGGUCCAGCCUGGAGGGCCAGGGACAUCUGAAUUGAGACCAGCAGGCUCCACCAGCAUGAACAGCCUCAACUACCAAGACAUUUUCAAAGAAGACGAGAACUCAGCACUCACUUGGGAGGUGAAGGCCAACGACCGGUACUACCACUGGCAGUUCAAGGAGAAGGUCUUCCUGUGCUGCCAAAAGAAGAGGUACAAGACCAACAUUAUUCACACGGCCAAGUAUAACGUCUUCACCUUCCUGCCGCUGAACCUGUAUGAGCAAUUCCACCGCGUGUCCAACCUCUACUUCCUCCUUAUCAUCAUCCUACAGGGAAUCCCAGAGAUCUCCACGCUGCCCUGGUUCACGCUCUUUGCCCCGCUGGUCUGCCUGCUCAUUAUCCGCGCUGCACGCGACCUGGUGGAUGACAUCGGGCGGCACAGGAGUGACACUGCCGUCAACAACAGGCCCUGCCAGAUCCUAGUGGGGAAGAGAUUCCUGUGGAAGAAAUGGAAGGACCUGUGUGUGGGGGACGUGGUCUGCCUGCAGAAGGACAGCAUCGUCCCGGCCGACAUGCUACUGCUUGCCAGCACUGAGCCCAGCAGCCUGUGCUACGUGGAGACAGCCGACGUCGACGGGGAGACCAACCUGAAGUUCAGACAAGCCCUGGCGGUCACCCACCACGAGCUGAACAAUACAAGGAAGAUGGCCACCUUCCAAGGCAAGGUGGUCUGCGAAAAGCCCAACAGCCGGAUGCACAAUUUUGUGGGGUCCCUGGAGUGGAAGGGCAAGAAAUACCCCCUCGACAGCGGCAACAUCCUCCUGCGUGGCUGCAAGAUCCGCAACACGGAUGCCUGCUACGGACUGGUCAUCUACGCCGACGGAUGGAUGGCUCUCUGUUUCGACACAAAGAUCAUGAAGAACUGUGGCAAAAUCCACCUGAAGAGAACGAAGCUGGACCACCUGGUGAAUAGGCUGGUGAUCAUGAUCUUUCUGUUCUUGCUGCUGGUCUCCAUGGGCUUGGCCCUGGGCUUCAGGUACAAGAUCAAGGAAUUCAGGACCAAACACUACUACAUCUCGUCCAACUACAAGCGCACCGACACCAUGGAAUCCUUCUUCACCUUCUGGGGCUUCCUCAUCCUGCUCAGUGUCAUGGUCCCGAUGGCCCUGUUUAUCAUCGCCGAGUUCAUCUACCUGGGGAACAGCAUCUUCAUCAACUGGGACACGCAGAUGUACUACGCACCUCUAGACACGCCCGCCAAGGCCCGCAGCACCAGCCUCAACGACCAGCUGGGCCAGGUGGAGUACAUCUUCUCGGACAAGACGGGCACACUCACCCAGAACAUCAUGACCUUCAAGAAGUGUUGCAUCAAUGGCCACAUCUACGGGCCAGACAAUGAAGACACCCUGCCUAAGGUGAAUCCCUACCUGUGGAACGAGUUUGCAGAUGGGAAGCUUCUGUUCCACAACAAGGAGCUGCUGUCGGCCGUGCGGGCCAAGAAGGACAAGGUUGUGCAGGAGUUCUGGCGCCUGCUGGCUCUGUGCCACACCGUCAUGGUGCGGGAGCAGAACAGUGAGUCCCCCGACCAGCUCUUGUACCAGGCGGCUUCCCCCGACGAGGAGGCGCUGGUCACGGCCGCCCGGAACUUCGGCUACGUGUUCCUGUCGCGCACACAGGACACCAUCACCGUGGUGGAGCUGGGGCAAGAGCGCGUCUACGAGGUGUUGGCCAUGAUGGACUUCAACAGCGUCCGCAAGCGGAUGUCGGUGCUGGUCCGCAACCCCGAGGGCUCCAUCUGCCUCUACACCAAGGGCGCUGACAUGGUCCUCUUCCAGCGGCUGUCCAAGAGAGACGUGACAGAGACCGCCACGGAGGAGGCCUUGGCCGCCUUCGCGGAACAGACCCUGCGGACGCUGUGCCUGGCCUACAAGGAGGUGGACAAGGACGCAUACGAGGCCUGGAGCCUGCGGCACCAGGAAGCCAACCUCCUGCUGCAGAACCGGGCGCAGGCCCUGCACCAGCUGUAUGAGGAGAUGGAGCAGAACCUCCAGCUGCUGGGAGCCACCGCCAUUGAGGACAGACUGCAGGACGGUGUUCCGGACACCAUUAGGUGCCUCAAGAACGGGAACAUCAAAGUGUGGGUGCUGACGGGGGACAAGCUAGAGACGGCGGUGAACAUCGGUUUUGCCUGCCAACUUCUCUCAGAGGACAUGAUCAUUCUGGAGGAGAAAGAAAUAGUCCACAUGCUGGAGGGUUACUGGGACAGCAACAACAGCCUGCAGAACGGGAAGGGCCGCUUCUUGCAGCAGGUCCAGACGGCCAUGGUCAUCACAGGGGACUUCCUGGACCAGCUGAUGAUCCCAUCCUCGAAGGACAAGUCGAAGACCCUGCACGAGAACGUGCUGGCCGAAAAGGCCUGGCAGGAGCCUAACCAGCAGCAGGAGGCCUCGCCAACCUGGCGGCUGCCUCAGAUGUGGCGCUCCUUCGUGGAGCAGCUGGGGGGUAUGCGGGAGACCCUGCGGUUGAGGGGUGCCAAGCCCCACGAGAGCCCCGAGGUGAGGCGCGAGCGGGCCUUCGUGGACCUGGCGGUGCACUGCCAGGCGGUCAUCUGCUGCCGGGUGACGCCCAAGCAGAAGGCUUUGAUCGUGACGCUCAUCCGGAAACACCAGGGCGUCGUGACCUUGGCCAUUGGGGACGGCGCCAACGACGUGAACAUGAUCAAGACGGCGGACAUCGGCGUGGGCCUGGUGGGCCAGGAGGGCAUGCAGGCGGUGCAGAACAGCGACUACGUGCUGGCCCAGUUCUGCUUCCUGCAGCGCCUCCUGCUGGUGCACGGGCGCUGGUCCUACAUGCGUGUCUGCAAGUUUCUGCGCUACUUCAUCUACAAGACGCUGGCGAGCAUGAUGGCCCAGAUCUGGUUCGCCUUCUACAGUGGCUUCACCGCCCAGCCUCUGUAUGAAGGUUGGUUCUUGGCGCUCUUCAACCUCCUGUACUCCACCCUCCCCGUACUCUACAUCGGCCUCUUUGAGCAGGAUGUGAGUGCCAAGAAGAGCCUACAGAUGCCGGAGCUGUACAUUGCAGGGCAGAAGGAGGAGCUCUUCAACUACUGGGUCUUCUUCCAAGCCCUGGCCCAUGGCAUGGCCACCUCCCUCAUCAACUUCUUUGUGACCCUGGUAGCCUGUCAUGACAACGGGGGGCCCUUCAGCUUCAGUGACUACCAGUCCUUUGGUGUCAUUUUGGCCCUGUCGGGCCUGCUGUCCGUCACCAUGGAGGUGAUCCUGAUCAUCAAGUACUGGACCAUCCUGACUGUGCUGGCCAUCCUCCUGAGCCUCUCCUGCUACGCCAUCAUAACCUGUGCCUCUCAGAGUUUGUGGCUCUUUAAGACUUCGCCCCGGACCUUCCCGUUCCUGUAUGCCGACCGCAACGUGCUGUCCCAGCCCUUCGCCCUGCUGGUGAUCCUGCUGAAUGUGUCACUCAACACCGUGUCUGUCCUGGCCUUCCGCAUCAUAUACCAAAUUGUCAAGAAGCCACGCCCCAAGGUGGAGGAGGUCCCAAGUGAGGAAAUCAUGGUAGAGCCUAUUCAGUAUUUACAGCGUGAAUCACGCGCCCGGCGCUCCAGCUAUGCCUUUUCCCAUCGUGAGGGCUACGCAAACCUCAUCACUCAGGGCACCAUCAUGCGGAGGGCACGGGACACCAACAGCGAGCUGCUGAAUGAUGACCAGCCCCCAUCUGAAGAUGAGAUUCCCCCGAGCUUCAGGGAUCCAACCUGGCAUCCCAGGAGGCUGUCAUUCCUGGUGAAGAGGAAGCAGCAGCAAAGGGAGAAGAUAUCCUCUGAGGGGAUGUGCCCUGUCACCAUGGACACUUCAAUCUUAACUGUAGAAAGACAAGUCCCUUCUGAUUUGGGAAGCCAAUCAAAGUCACGCAUUACCACGAGAAAGGAGACAGAACCAAAACCAGACAUCCCACCAUCACCUACUGAAGAAUCAUUCGUAACUGAGCAGCCCAUGGAGGUUGAACCCUGGACCUUGGAGAGGCAGCCGUCAUCCAUGGAGUGGCUGUCAGUCACCAUCGAGGACCAAUUCCAGCCUGCAAUGGCAGAGCAGCCACCCCCUCCUCCAGAGAAGGAGUAA